AUGUUCGGUGUUGUGUUGCUGCUUCUCCUUUCGCUUGGCUCAGUGUCAGCAGGAAAUGCUGUGACUCAGAAUAACCCGGUUUGUUCCGACCUACUUGACUGCUACGCCAGAGCCAUACAGCUAACCAAGAAGUGCUAUCGCAGCAAGUCACAGGAAUUGAGAGCUGAAACGAACGACAGCUGUGAUAGCAACAGUCUGCGUCAGGAGGUGGCAUCGAUCUACAUCGCUGAUCGCUACAGCAAGAUCGCCAGUUGUCUGAAGGGCCGUCCUUCACAAGCGGUCAAGGUAGUUUUGCGUAAUGUUCGAGAGCGAUUGUAA